CCAGUUCCCCGCUCCCGCCGCCGCCGCCGCCGCCGCCGCCCGCGCCGCUGCCUCCGCGGCGCCUCCCGCCUGCCCGCUCCGGGGAGAGAGCGCGCGAGCCCGGGCGUCCCCGCCCAGCCUCUCCCGGAGCCAUGAACCCCAACUGCGCCCGGUGCGGCAAGAUCGUGUACCCCACGGAGAAGGUGAACUGCCUGGACAAGUUCUGGCACAAAGCAUGCUUCCACUGCGAGACCUGCAAGAUGACACUCAACAUGAAGAACUACAAGGGCUACGAGAAGAAGCCCUACUGCAAUGCACACUACCCCAAGCAGUCCUUCACCAUGGUGGCCGACACCCCUGAGAACCUCCGCCUCAAGCAACAGAGCGAGCUCCAGAGUCAGGUGCGCUACAAGGAGGAGUUCGAGAAGAACAAGGGCAAGGGCUUCAGCGUGGUGGCCGACACCCCGGAGCUCCAGCGGAUCAAGAAGACCCAGGACCAGAUCAGUAACAUAAAGUACCACGAGGAGUUCGAGAAGAGCCGCAUGGGCCCCAGUGGGGGUGAGGGCCUGGAGCCCGAGCGCCGAGACUCCCAGGACUCCGGCCACCGGAGACCCCAGGAGCAGCAGCCUCACCACAUCCCGACCGGCGCCCCCGUUUACCAGCAGCCCCCGCAGCAGCAGGUGGCCCCGUCCUACGGCGGCUACAAGGAGCCUGCAGCCCCGGUGUCCACACAGCGCAGCGCCCCAGGCGGGGGCGGGAAGCGGUACCGCGCCGUCUACGACUACAGCGCCGCGGACGAGGACGAGGUCUCCUUCCAGGACGGUGACACCAUCGUCAACGUGCAGCAGAUCGACGACGGCUGGAUGUACGGGACCGUGGAGCGCACGGGCGACACGGGGAUGCUGCCGGCCAACUACGUGGAGGCCAUCUGAGCCCGCUGCCCGCCCCGUCCUUCCGCGCAUUCCGCCGCAUCGCAUCCGCAUCGCCCUCAGUGUCUCUGUGUCUUUAGAUCUGCGACAGCUCGUUCCUUCCCAACCUCCUCCUGCUUCUUUUGCCACCUGAAGCCUUGUCCUGCCCCUCCCCGGGCUCCUCCCUCGGCAGGUUUUCCCCUAGACCGACCUCUCGCUCUUCCCUCUGGUGGAGCAGGAGCGGACGUUCUACGGGCCCGGCCCCUGGGCUGGGCUGGAAAGGGGGGCCCCUCGGCUCCCAGGCCUCUGCCUGCUCUUUCUCGGCCCCCUCAGGCCCUCCAGCCCCCUCCUCACACACCCGAACAUUCCAGGGCUGGGGUGAGCCCCGGCCCCCAGGACUCCGGGGAGGGGCUCCAUGGCCGGGAAGAGAGAGGGCUCUGCUUCUCAGAGGUGGGGCUGCUGGCCCUCUGGGGGUCCCCUCCCCUCCCUCUCCUUCCUCAGAGGAGGGGGACGUUCCCGCAGUGGGUCCAGGCACCCCCCACACGUGUUCUCCUCACACUGUGAUUUCGCUCUCCCGCCCACGGAGACCCGGUGUGGGCCAGGAGCUCCCGGGGAGGCACGGCUGGGGUCACGUCCUGGCCUUCCUUACUUUUGGGGACCGCUGCAGGAAGAAGGGGACGGGCUGCUCUCUCCGAGCCCCCUUUUCUCUGCACUUCCCCCGACCCCCCACUCCCCAACCCCCAGGACCCUUGGCUCGCCUCCUUGGCUGGAAGCUGAGGUCCUGACAGGUGGGAUGAGGAAGCACCCGAGAUCCGGGCUGGGUGGGCCACUCCUCCCUGCCCCUCCUGGAAGGGAGCCCCCUCCCCACCCGCCCCCACGUGCACGGGAACCGCGCGAGGCCCCAGGACCCGCUGUGUCUCCAGGACGUGGCGUGUGGGGGAAGGAGUGUGUGUGUCUGCGGAGUGUCAGCGAGUGUGAGCGUGAGCGUGAGCGAAGGGGCAGGGGGUGGCCUGCAGGGGUCUCUGGCUUGUGUGAGGCCGCACAGGACUGUUUCCCCCUCCUAUUUUCCUCAGAGCCCACAGUGAGGGGACAGGGGCGGCCCUAGGGGACAGAAGUUCCUCAUGCUUCCUUUGGAAUGAAAAUGCCUCUUCUGUCCCGGAAUGGAGGAAGCCCGCCCGCCCGCCCGCCUGCCUCCGUUGCGGUGUGCUGGGCGGAAGGGAGGGAGUGACUGAAGAUGGGUGGGCGCUGGCACCGCCUCCUGGGAGGGGGGAGGGAGAAGGCUUCAUGCCUCCAGGCAUAUUCUCUCCCCCAUCUCUGUCCUGCGCUGCAGACCAGGGGCCAGAGGCCCCUGUGCUACCCACACGGUGGGUGCCUUACUCUGGGGGCUCUGCCCCCCAGCCUCUCCCCUACUUCCCUAAAGCCCCCCCCCAGAGGUGUUAGGAGAGGGUCCCAGGGCUACAAAACUGGAAGCACAGGCCCCGGGCGAGGAAGGGAAAGAUGGUGCUAUCUCCAGUCCCUUCUGUCCCUCGCUGGCGGCUGUCACAGCCCUGCCUGGCGUUACUCAUCUCUGGGCUUUCUCCCCCGCGUCCACCAGGCCCCAUCGGUAACAUCUUUGCGUCCUUGUCCCCUGCGUGGUGGCUGCAGGCAUGAUCGAGUCCUCUGCGUGUGAGUUAAGCUGGGACUAUUGGGCCCGGAUGAGGGAGCUCAGGAAAUGACUGUGGGGGAACAGGUGUGAUCUUUCUGGGGGAGGGUGGAUGGAGGGUUUCCUACGGGGCGAUCUGGGGGUGAGGGAGCAAUGUUGGAAACCUGGGGAGAGGCCGGUCCAUUCCAUUUCCUCUUGAUCUCAAAGCACAACAUGGAUUCUGGGACCAAAGGUCAGAGACACGUCGAGUGGAGGACCCAAGGGGGGCCUGGAGGAGCGAGAAACAGCCUUUUCACGCAGUUUAACUUCCCUUCCAAAACGAGGGGAGCCGGCCACUGGAAUCCUGCUGCCUGGCCCGCCGCUCCUCCCAUCCUAAAAAUAGGGGACCUUUUUUUAUACAACCCGCAGAGAGGAGGGGCUGCCGCACUGGUGCUGAGGGACCCAGGGGCUGCUGGGAGUCCUUGUUCCUUUCCAGAACCAUCCAUCCCCAGAAGAGCACAGAACUCGAGGGCUGGGCUGAGGCCCCGGCCUCCUCUUAACAGUUCAUAGAGGUCUUUUAGCCAGUGUCCCAGGAAAAGUCAGAGCUAGGAUGUGAAUAUGGCGUUAGUGGACCAAUAAUAAAUGCGAGAAGCCCAACGGUGAGAAAAGUGAGUUCUCUCAACACCGCUUCCUGUUUUCUUCCUCGUGUCCCUCCAGGGAAAACUAUUGCUUAAUUUCUGCAUUUCCCCCCUUCACGUAUGCACUUUGGGGCUUUUUUUUUUUUUUUUUUUUAAUAGCUGGAAAAAAAAACAACCGCCUCACAAACCUGUAUUUAAAAAGAAACAGAAAUGACCGUGUGAGACUUGCCUCUGUCCGAACAUUUCAUCCAUGUGUGUGUGUGUGAAGCCGUCAUUCAUCUUUUUAUAUGGGGUGGUCGUCUCUCCCUGGUUUGUCUGGUCCCCUCCCUCGUGGGCUUGUGCUUGGGAUCAAAUCCUUCUGGCCUGUUAUGAUUCUGAACGUUUGACUUGGACCACAAGUGAAUCCCUCUGGUGACUCGAAUAAAACUAUAAUUUUUACCUGCGGA